AUGGAGCUGUUGUGGGUUGUGAUGUUGUUAGUCUGCACAGUCUUUGGUGCCGCCGAUUACAAAAGGAUAACUGGGAAGACUGUGAUUGGGAUUGAUCUGGGGACCACAUACUCAUGUGUUGGAGUGUUCAAGAAUGGGCGUGUGGAGAUUAUUGCCAAUGACCAGGGAAGCCGAAUCACCCCCUCCUACGUGGCCUUCACCAGUGAAGGUGAGCGUCUGAUUGGUGAUGCUGCCAAGAAUCAGCUGACCUCUAACCCUGAGAACACUAUUUUUGAUGAAAAGAGGCUGAUUGGUCGCACAUGGGGUGACUGGUCUGUGCAGGAGGACAUCAAGUACCUGCCCUUCAAGGUUACUGAGAAGAAGAGGAAGCCCCAUAUCCAGGUUGACAUUGGUGGUGGCCAGGUUAAGACCUUUGCUCCUGAGGAGGUUUGUGCUAUGGUGCUGACUAAGAUGAAGGAGACUGCUGAGGCUUACCUUGGCGAGAAGGUCACACAUGCUGUGGUCACUGUCCCAACCUACUUCAAUGAUGCCCAGCGCCUGGCCACUAAGGAUGCUGGUACCAUUGCUGGUCUGAAUGUUGUGCGAAUCAUCAAUGAGGCAACUGCUGCUGGUAUUGCUUAUGGCCUGGACAAGAAGGAUGGAGUGAAGAACAUUCUUGUCUUCGAUCUGGGCGGUGGCAGCUUUGAUGUUUCUAUUCUGACCAUUGACAAUGGUGCAUUCCAAGUGAUAGCCACCAAUGGUGACACUCAUCUGGGAGGUGAGGACUUUGACCAGCGUAUCAUGGAGCACUUCAUCGAGCUGUACAAGAAGAAGACUGGCAAAGAUGUGAGCAAAAACAACCGUGCUGUGCAGAAGCUGCGUCGUGAGGUCGAGAAGGCCAAGAGGGCGCUAUCUGCCCGGCACCAAACCCACAUUGAGAUCGAGUACUUCUUUAAAGGACAAGACUUCUCUGAGACCCUGACUCGUGUCAAGUUUGAGGAGCUGAACAUGGACCUGUUCCGGUCCACCCUGAAGCCUGUACAGAAAGUGCUGGAAGAUGCUGAAUUGAAGAAGUCUGACAUUCAUGAGAUUGUCCUGGUUGGAGGCUCCACUCGUAUCCCCAAAAUCCAGCAGCUGGUGAAGGAGUUUUUCAAUGGCAAAGAGCCAUGUAGAGGCAUUAACCCUGAUGAGGCUGUGGCAUACGGAACUGCUGUGCAGGCUGGUGUGCUUUCUGGAGAGGAGGACACUGGUAAUGUGCUUCUUAUGGAUGUGUGCCCCAUGACCCUUGGUGUUGAGACUGUUGGAGGAGUAAUGACCAAGCUGAUCCCCAGGAACACAGUGGUGCUCAUCAAAGAAGCCCAGAUGUUUACUACACCCUCUGAUUACCAGACAACUGUCGCCAUCAAAGUCUAUGAAGGUGAGCAUCCUUUGACCAAAGACAACCAUUUCCUGGCUACCUUUGACCUGACUGGCAUCCCUCCUGCUCCUCGUGGUAUACCGCAGAUUGAAGUCACCUUUGAGAUUAAUAUCAAUGGCAUUUUAUGUGUCACUGCUGAGGACAAGGCCACAGGAAACAAGAACGAGAUCAUAACUGACCAGAACUGGCUGACACCUGAGGACAUCAAACACAUGGUGAACGACGCCGAGCACUUUGCUGAAGAAGACAAGAAGCUGAAGGAGAGGAUCAAUGCUCACAAUGAGCUGGAAGGCUACGCAUAUUCCCUGAAGAACCAGAUUGAAUCCAUUGAGAAGGCAGUGGAGGAGAAGAUUGAAUGGUUGGAGUCCCACCAAGAUGCUGACCUGGAUGACUUCCAGACCAAGAAGAAGGAGCUUGAGGAAGUGGUUCAGUCCAUUAUCAGUCAGCUCUGUGGUAGUGCAGGUGGUCCACCAGCAGACGGCAGUAAGCAAAACGAGAAGGAUGAGUUGUAG